AUGACAAAGCUGAUUGUAGUGGCAAUUAUUGACGAUUUACAACAAGAAUAUACUAGAUCAUCAAAAUUAUGUGUUUGGUUUCCAAGAACAUGGUGUUUAAAAAACUUCAUCAAACCAAAUCAGAUAAUAUCAAUAUCUUUGAUCUCUCCAAAAAAUGUUAACGACAAUAAUUCAAUAAAUAAAAAAUGUUAUCAUUAUGCAUCAGUCAAAUUUUAUUCAAAACGUUCAGAAUUAUUUAAAUCAAAUAAUUUAUUUCCUAAUCAAUUAAAAUUCCAUCUACCCACGACAACAAUCGCUUCUACUUCUACUAUCGAUAAUUUAUCACAAUUGAUGAAUAAUUUGAAUAUAAGUUCUUCUUCUUCUGCUCCAUUGGAUGUAAAUUCUAAAAUAAUGGAAAAAGAGGGUGAAACUGAAAUUGUUAUUUCAAGAUCUUUAGCUUGUAAUUUAGGUGUUUGUUCAGUUCAAGAUAAAAUUGAUAAUAUAAAAUUUCCAAUUAGUUUUAUCUUUGAAAAAAAGAUAGACAAUAUUCCAAUUGCAACAGAAGUGAUUUUAUCUAAACUAUCAUCACCACCAUCAACGCUGCCGUUAGGAACUCGAUUUAAACGGAUAAACUAUUAUUUUAAUCAAGAGAUUUUCAAGAGAGCAAAUCUUGGGUCAAUUGUAUCACGUGAUUCGAUUAUUUAUCAAAAUGGAUGUAAUGGAAUACAACUUUAUAAAGUAUCAAGAGUGAAUUCUUCUUUUAUUUUGACUGAUCCAGCUGAUUCUGUUGCAAGAAUUGCAGAAUCAACCAAAUUAGAAAUUAAUGUAAAUAAUAAUAAUAAUGUCGACGUUGAUGAUUUUAGAUUAUUGUUGAAUGGUUUCCCGGAUAAAUCAAAAUGGGUCAAAGAUAUUGUUAAUGAAAUUGGCGGCUUAGAUGAUGUGGUCACAAGCAUUAUUGAUCAAUUAUAUACAUUUGUGAUUACUGCAAUCAGUGCUAACAAUCAGGGUUCAAAAAAAAAUGUUUUCAAGAGGAGUAAAGGAAUUUUGUUAAUAGGAAAACCUGGCACAGGAAAAACAUCAUUAGCCUUACGUAUUGCGGAAACUUCUAGAUUGCCAUAUCUGAUAAUUAAUUGUCCUGAAAUAUUUAAAUCUGACGAAGGCAUAGUAGAAAAUAGGUUAUAUACAAUGUUUGAAUCAAUGAUGACGAUAAAUCCAGUUUCUAUUAUUAUAAUGGAUGAAAUAGAUAUAAUAUCUGAUAACUCUGCUAUUGUCAAUUCAGGUGUUGAAAUGAAAUUAUUUUCAGUUCUUAUAAAAAUUAUUGAUUCAAUUAAUGAAGAUAAUUAUUGUGAUGGACUUGAAAAAAAAGGACAAAUAUUUGUGAUAGGCACAACAAAUAGAUUUCAUGCCGUUAGUAAUAAAAUUUACCGUUCUGGUCGAUUAGAUCGUAUUUAUGAGUUAAAUAUAAAAACAUCUCACCAAAGAUAUAAAAUAUUGGAAAUAAUUACAAAAAAAAUUCCAUUUGAAAAAGGGAAAAAAAAUUUAAUUUUAGAAAAAAUUAGUAAAACUACCCAUGGGUUUGUUGCAGCAGAUUUACAAUAUUUGUGUAAACAAAUUCUUUCAGGUGCAAAAUUUUCAGUCGAUUUGAAUGAUUUUUAUGAAUCCUUAAAUAUAGUCAAACCUUCAAAUUUGAAUGAAUUCCAGACAAAGUUAUCAAUUAUAGAACCAUUUAAUGAUCCUAAUAAUGAAUUCUUUGAUUUUGGUAUUUCAGCACCAAAUGGGGUUUUAAUUUAUGGUCCACCUGGAGUAGGCAAAACUAUGUUAUGUUGCGCGAUAGCAUCUGAAAUUGAAAUAAAUUUUAUAUUAAUAGAGAGUUCACAAAUAAUAUCUAAAUUAGUUGGCGAAUCUGAAAAAAAUAUUUCAAAAAUAUUUUCAUAUGCAAAAUCCAAUUCACCUUGCAUUCUAUUUAUUGAUCAAUUUGAUAUAUUGGCACAAUCCCGUGGAAUAAAUUUUACCACUGAAAAUACAUCCGAAAGGAUCGUGACAAGUUUUUUAACAGAAAUGGAUGGAUUUUUCACUAAUAAAGCUGAAGACAAGUACAAAGUAUUAGUAAUUGCAGCUACAAAUCGACCUGAAGUUUUAGAUUUGGCUAUUUUAAGACCUGGGAGAUUAGAUCAACAUAUUUAUAUUCCGCCCCCCAAUAACAAGGUUCUAUUUAAUUAUAACUGCGCAGAUCUGGAUAAUUUAUGCCGUGAAGCAGCAUUAAUUUGUCUUAGAAAAAAUAUUAACAACGAUGUGGUUACAUUCGAUUGUUUUGAAGAGGCGUUAAAAUUUUCUGAUCCGUCAUUACUUAAUUAUCAACCCAUGCGCCCAUUCGCAUGA